AUGAGCAAAAUCAUAGAAGAAGCUGGAUCCCAUGGUACUCAUUUGACGAAAGGCGAUCGUGUCGCGAUGGAACCGGGUGCUGGCAUUGCGACCGCUGCAAAGAAGGCCGAUACAAUCUUUGCCCUGAAAAUAAAGUUCUUUGCUACUCCUCCGGACCAUGGCUCUCUUGCUGAUCAAAAUGUGCAUCUAGGGGAUCUAUGUUUCAAGUUGCGCGAAAACAUGAGUUUGGAAGAAGGCGCAAUGUGUGAGCCCCUAAGUGUUGCCGGCUCAAUUGAGCUCGUGGCGCUUCUGGUGACCCGAUCAUUCAGUGCUCCGAGCGUUGUUGCUAACAUUGACGACUAUCUCCUCUCAGUUGCAAAGAAACUCGGAGCAUUUGGUACCGUCAAAGUCUCCUCCGAAAUUGAGGAUGUUGAGAUAGAGGUGGAGAAGAUCCCGAAAGCUAUGACGCUUUCGGUCGACGCAAGCCUAGAUUGUGCCGGGUUCAACAAGACCCUAACGACGGCGUUGUCUGCGACUCGAAACGGUGGCAAAGUUUGCCUUGUAGGAAUGGGACACUGUGACAUGACUCUUCCGCUCACCCCGGUUGCUUCCCGAGAGGUUGAUAUUCUGGGCAUUUUCCGCUACAAGAACACUUGGCCACAAUGCAUUAAGUGUUGA